GCCUGAUUGGCCUGCGUCAGCCAGUACUUACUAGUCACUCGUUAAGCUAAGUAACUUACGUACUGUGGACAACGGACAUUGCCAUCACCAUCUCCACUCCACUCCACUCCAGCAAAGGCACUGCUCAACCAGGCGGCAGAAUAUACACACCACAGCUGUGUUUCACGCUGAACAGUCCCGACUCCAUACCGCUUCGACCUCUAUUCUGACUUCUUUGGAUGCUCGAAACCUCUCACCUCCACGUACCUGCUACUCCUGUACCGCCUUGUGCCGUUCUUGAAUAACGUCAUUGGUUUACGGAGCUCCUACCUUGCUGCCGCCACACACAACAACAUCCUCGUUGAUCACUGAAGAUAUCUCUCGGAGCAAUAAUCGGCCUCCGUCACCAUGGCGGGCUGGUUCUCAUCUACCUCCCCGCUCGAUGAGCAAAUCGAGAAGGCCACCGCUUCCUCUCUGGAGGACAUCGCCUUAAACUUAGAGAUCUCCGAUCUCAUUCGUUCAAAAAGCGUGCAGCCACGAGAUGCGAUGAGGUCUUUGAAACGUCGACUCGAGAACAAAAACCCGAAUAUACAACUUGCCACCUUAAAGCUGACAGAUACAUGUGUCAAAAAUGGCGGAUCUCAUUUUCUUGCUGAGAUUGCAUCUCGCGAAUUCAUGGAUAACUUGGUGUCGCUAUUGAAGUCGGAAGGCGUUUCGCUGAAUUACGAGGUCAAACAGAAGAUGCUGGAAUUGAUCCAAAGCUGGGCGCUGGCAGCUCAAGGGAGACUUGAGCUGAUACAUCUUGGCGAGACUUACCGGAGGCUACAAAGUGAGGGAUUUCAAUUUCCACCAAAAACAGAGAUUGCGAGCAGCAUGCUUGAUAGUAGUGCGCCCCCGGAGUGGAUUGAUUCCGACGUCUGUAUGCGCUGUAGAACAGCCUUCACCUUUACAAAUCGAAAGCACCACUGCCGCAAUUGUGGUAAUGUCUUCGAUGCACAAUGCUCUAGCAAGACUCUACCUUUACCACAUCUUGGGAUCCUGCAGCCAGUGCGAGUUGACGAUGGGUGCUACGCCAAACUUACAUCCAAGAACUUCCCGUCAACAGGUCUUUCGGAACGCACCGCUUUUAAGAACAAUUCCAUUACCAAAUCCGCCACAUCUAUGGAACCACGAGGAGCUCGGAUUGAUUCGAGUUUUGAUGACGACUUGCGCAGAGCACUGGAAUUAAGUUUAGAAGAGGCAGAGGGACGUGGUGGCUCUGGCUACACCCCGCAGCCUACUCAACCUCCAGUUCCUCAUAGCACAAAACCAACUCCGAACACGGCCGAGGAGGAAGACGCCGAUUUAAAAGCGGCCAUUGAAGCGUCGCUGAGGGAUAUGGAAGAACAGAAGCAGAAACAUACGGCAGCUUUGAAGAGCUCUGCUGAAGUUGAAGUGCCUUCUGGCGGUGCUCUAGAUGUGACCAUCUUGCCCAAGAAUCCAUACGAACUUAGCCCUGUCGAAGCUGAAAACAUUAAUUUGUUUGCAACCCUCGUUGACCGUCUCCAACAUCAACCCCCUGGCACAAUUCUACGCGAACCGCAGAUUCAGGAACUCUAUGACAGUAUAGGAGCUCUACGACCGAAACUGGCGCGCACUUAUGGCGAAACGAUGAGCAAGCAUGAUGCCCUUCUUGAUCUUCACGCAAAGCUGUCUUCAGUAGUGCGAUAUUAUGAUCGAAUGCUUGAGGAACGUCUGUCAAGUACAUAUUCGCAGCAUAACAUUGGGCCCUACGGGUCGGUACCUCCAGGUAGACAACCAUAUAAUAAUUAUCAACCGUUCGGUCAGAAUCCACCAGAGACAAGAGGUGGAGCAGAGAACUUUUACCUAUCCAACAAUAUUCCAGAUCAAUUCAACCCAAAUAUCCAACCCCAGCGUACAGGAACGAGUUAUGGUACAGCUACUCCAACUCCCGGGGUAGGAAGCCCUAGUCCAUAUCCAGCGCUUAACGCCAGCGCUGGGGACGCGCCGAAUCAACCUUGGAAUCAACAUAGCUCCCAAGCCCACCGACCACCAUCAGUAGCGGACUCUGUUUCAUAUGGAGGUCAGUAUAACACACCCGGAGGGGCAGGAGGCGCCUAUCCAGGUCAAGUACCCGGCCCUCAAGAGCCUACCCAAGCCAGAGAAAACGAACCGUCAUAUCAAACUCCAAUUAGGAGGCAGGACUCUCAAUAUCAACAGUCGGCGGCUACACCAGGCCCAUAUGCUACUCCGCAACAGUUCGUGUCGCCAGGUGAACAUCAACAGGCCGGUUACCACUCUCAGGAAGCUGCUUCAACUUAUCAAGCUAGUCCUGAGGCACAAUACCUGCCGCCACCACAGCAGCCCCCGCAUCCUUAUUCUCAACAACCACCAUACGUCCCUUCGGCUGGCCCAUAUCCAGGCUAUCCACCAGCACAGAUCGCAGCCGCGUAUCCCUCGCACCCACAGAUACAAGAUCCUGCUCCUUCCAAACCGAUAGUUGAGGAAAGUUUAAUAGAUCUCUGAUUAUCAACUGCUUGCUAUCUGCUGGCGCCGUCUCAUUGGUUUUCUCAGAUUGGAUUCCCUAUUCUAUUUUCUCCUUCCCGAUAUUCUAUCUCUUCAAAAUGUUAUGAUACCGAUCAGCAUCUGUAGUGUAUUGGUAUGUCGCGAAAUAGCGCUGUCGGAUCCCAAAGUUUUCUGAUCCCAUGCCUUUGCGUCACUUGGCACGCUGGGGAAGGGAUACGAUUUAUGUACAGUACGGUGGUAGCGAUUUACCUCGAUUUACCUCGAUUUACGGCUUAAAUGUCAUAGAAUAUUCCAUUCCCUCCUAGUCAUAGCAAUUUCAGCAUUCAAACCCAUGAG